AUGCCUCUCCCUCUCUCUUAUCCCGGUCUUCGAUGUGUUUUGGAGCAUUUGGAAGCAGUUAAGCGAGCCCAUAUUAUUGGACGUUCUCCAUGUCUUCAAAAAAUAGAUAAAUUGAUUCCACUUUGUCUCGAGAAUCUUUAUAUUGAAAAAACAAAGCUCGUUAUCAACAAAUUAUGGAUUACAUGUCUAACGGCUGUCACGCUAGACAACCUCAAGAACAUCUACAACAAGAAAGUGGUAUUCCAAUCCUUGUACCCCUUUAGAAUUGAUAUAGUUCCAUUGAUUAAAUAUCAGAUAGAGACUGAGAAAGCUACAGGAACUACUCUUGUGAUUGCAGUAGAUGACAAACGUUUCAUCAAAAAGAUGUUACGAAAGUUUAAAAAAGCGUUUGGUGAAUACAGAAGUACUUUGGAUGGCGUUAAUGAGAGAUUUAUUCCCGGAUUGCCUAAGUUCUCCAUCCCAAUCAACAACGAGUCUAGAAUCCAAGUGUAUGCAAUCGAGGAUGAAAAAGGUCUCUUUAAAGAAGAUUUUCCUUAUAACAUAAUUGUGAAAUCAAUAUCAGAAAUCUCUAGAAUAUAA